AAAGCAGAGAUCGAGGUGACAGGCGAGCUGGCUGGACUCGGAGCGCGGUCGGGGCUUUCUGCGUUCGCGGCGGCGGAAUGGCCCGUGCGCGGCUCGCCGCGUCGCGGCUCUGUGGUCCCUAGACGUCGGCUCCCGCCCUCGGCGCUGAUCUCCGGCGCGGACACUGCUUUCCACUCGGCUCCUGUCGUCCGUUCUCUCAGGCUCCCGUUCAGGUAAAGGGCUCCGGGAGGGCACUGAGGGGCUGAAGAACCCUAGCGGGGAGUGCGAGCGCCGGCCUCGCGGCUCCGGCCCCGGCCCCGGCCCCGCGCCGGCAGUGUGCGGGGCUCUCGCGGAUCGGGGUGAUAGAUUUUGAGACUGCCCUUUGUACCGAAUUCACUCAGGUCCCGUCAGCAUGAAGAUGGAAUUGGUUUACACUUCUUAGGCACUUAGAGCCUGUGGCAGGUGUGUACAUCAGACCGAGGCGCCGAAGGAUUUAGUUGGGGUCGCCGGCGCCUGCCCCUUCCCCGUUCGUCAGGGUGGGGGCGCGUCUAUGCGGCCUCCCCCGCGGGCCGACCCCGGGUGCUCUGAGGCGCCUAGGAGCCCUUCCCAGACCCCGGGGGAGGGCACGGCAGCUACGGGAGCCUUCCGGCUACCCCGCGUUUCGGGCUGCAGCCCAGAAGUUUGGAAGAUGUUUUCACAUUAACUUUGAGAGCGCACAAGUCUUCGUCUUCCUCCCCGCCGCCGCGGGAAGCGCUCGCCGCCUUUCCCCCGCGCUUCGCGGCUCAGUUCUGCGAGCCCCCAAGACCCGUUGGACGCUCCUCGGGAGGAUUUUUAGACUCUGAGGAGCAGUUGGAGCUAAUCCACAUUAUGGAAAUGGAAACCACCGAACCUGAGCCAGACUGUGUAGUGCAGCCUCCCUGUCCUCCUGAUGACUUUUCAUGCCAAAUGAGACUCUCUGAGAAGAUCACUCCAUUGAAGACUUGUUUUAAGAAAAAGGAUCAGAAAAGAUUGGGAACUGGAACCCUGAGGUCUUUGAGGCCAAUAUUAAACACUCUUCUAGAAUCUGGCUCACUUGAUGGGGUUUUUAGAUCUAGGAAGCAGAGUACAGAUGAGAACAGCUUACAUGAACCUAUGAUGAAGAAAGCCAUGGAAAUCAAUUCAUCAUGCCCACCAGCAGAAAAUAAUAUGUCUGUUCUGAUUCCUGAUAGGACAAAUGUUGGGGACCAGAUACCGGAAGCCCAUCCUUCCACUGAAGCUCCAGAACGAGUGGUUCCAAUCCAAGAUCACAGCUUUCCAUCAGAAACCCUCAGUGGGACGGUGGCAGAUUCCACACCAGGUCACUUCCAGACUGAUCUUUUGCACCCAGUUUCAAGUGAUGUUCCUACUAGUCCUGACUGCUUAGACAAAGUCAUAGAUUAUGUUCCAGGCAUUUUCCAAGAAAACAGUUUUACAAUCCAAUACAUUCUGGACACCAGUGAUAAGCUGAGUACUGAGCUCUUUCAGGACAAAAGUGAAGAGGCUUCCCUUGACCUCGUGUUUGAGCUGGUGAACCAGUUGCAGUACCACACUCACCAAGAGAACGGAAUUGAAAUUUGCAUGGACUUUCUGCAAGGCACUUGUAUUUAUGGCAGGGAUUGUUUGAAGCACCACACUGUCUUGCCAUAUCAUUGGCAGAUCAAAAGGACAACUACUCAAAAGUGGCAGAGUGUAUUCAAUGAUUCUCAGGAGCACUUGGAAAGAUUUUACUGUAACCCAGAAAAUGAUAGAAUGAGAAUGAAGUAUGGAGGACAAGAAUUUUGGGCAGAUUUGAAUGCCAUGAACGUGUAUGAAACAACUGAAUUUGACCAACUACGAAGGCUGUCCACACCACCCUCUAGCAAUGUCAACUCUAUUUACCACACAGUCUGGAAAUUCUUCUGUAGGGACCACUUUGGAUGGAGAGAGUAUCCCGAGUCUGUCAUUCGAUUGAUUGAAGAAGCCAACUCUCGGGGUCUGAAAGAGGUUCGAUUUAUGAUGUGGAAUAACCACUACAUCCUCCACAAUUCAUUCUUCAGGAGAGAGAUAAAAAGGAGACCCCUCUUCCGCUCCUGUUUUAUACUGCUUCCAUAUUUACAGACACUUGGUGGGGUUCCCACACAAGCUCCUCCACCUCUUGAAGCAACUUCAUCAUCACAAAUUAUCUGCCCAGAUGGGGUCACUUCAGCAAACUUUUACCCUGAAACUUGGGUUUAUAUGCAUCCAUCUCAGGACUUCAUCCAAGUGCCUGUUUCUGCAGAGGAUAAAAGUUAUCGGAUCAUUUACAAUCUUUUUCAUAAGACUGUGCCUGAGUUUAAAUACAGAAUUUUGCAGAUAUUGAGAGUCCAAAACCAGUUUCUUUGGGAGAAAUAUAAAAGGAAAAAGGAAUAUAUGAACAGGAAAAUGUUUGGCCGUGACAGGAUAAUAAAUGAGAGACAUUUAUUUCAUGGAACAUCCCAGGAUGUGGUAGAUGGAAUCUGCAAACACAACUUUGACCCUCGAGUCUGUGGAAAGCAUGCUACAAUGUUUGGACAAGGCAGUUAUUUUGCAAAGAAGGCAAGCUACUCUCAUAACUUUUCUAAGAAGUCCUCCAAAGGAGUCCACUUCAUGUUUCUGGCCAAAGUGCUGACGGGCAGAUACAUAACGGGCAGUCAUGGCAUGAGAAGGCCCCCGCCAGUCAAUCCUGGCAGUGUCACCAGUGACCUUUAUGACUCUUGUGUGGAUAAUUUCUUUGAGCCUCAGAUUUUUGUCAUUUUUAAUGAUGACCAGAGUUACCCUUAUUUUGUUAUCCAAUAUGAAGAAGUCAGUAACACUGUUUCCAUUUGAAAAAUCUUGGUACUGCUAAAUUAUUUGAUAUGAACUCAAUCCAGCAUUUGUAGCAGGUUUUGAAUGGGUGGGACUGGGUGGGGAACAGCAUUGGACAUUAAUAGGGCACUUUUCAGACCCAUUUUUUAAAGUGCUAGAAAAUGCUUUUUUGAAAAAAAAAAAAUACAAGUUUUAAAAUGACCACUUACUCUUUAAUUAUUUACUAAUUGUUAGUGUACUCAGUGUGGAAAAGACAGAUUACACACUCUUUUCAUUCACACUUGUACAUAUAGACAGCAAUGUUAUUAGGAGCAUUAAAUUAAAAAACUGAACAGCCUAAUUUAAAUGUGGCUUGGGCCUGGUAGAAGUUUGACCAAAUGGAAUGGAGGCUGUGAGCAAUGUGAGGAUUCUAUUUAUUUAUUUACGUUUGAUAAAACUUACUGGAACUAGUACUACCAUGCAUAUUCCCUGUCCAAAGCAUCACUGCUUUGGUAUAGUAUAAGUUCAUGAAAUUCUGGUGGGUAGAAAGAAAUUUUUAUUUCUAUCAGCAGUACUAAAAUAUAUCAGCCAACCAGAGAACAUCAGUGACUUUAACUUCUGCAGAGUUUGCCCCAGAAUUCAGAGUUCUAUUUAGAGGAAGUUAAAACAACAACAACAAAAAACAACCAUUUGAAAAAUUUUUGUCACCAGCAAAACUUUUCACUAAUUAGUGAUAUGAAAUGUGAUUUUUGUGUUGUUAAACUUCAGCUUUGGAAAACUCAGUCUCUUUCAUUAUCAUCCAUUCCAAUUUGAAGGAGUUGGGCAGCUAAUUUGGUUAAAGGCAGUCUUGAGGGUUAGAAGUAUUACUUCCUUUUCGGGUUCCAGACCUAGCUUGUGACUGAAAGUUUUAGAAAAAGGAAGUACAUCUAUAGCUGAAUUGAUAAGGUUAUUACUGUGUUUUGCACAAAGUAUAUUAGCAAAAGUAUUUGCUGGAAUUAUUGGUAGAUGGCAGUCCCACUCCUACACCUGCUUUGUCAGAUACAGCUGGGUUCCCUGGCUGACUGUACCUUACUUACACUACUUACUUAAUAGAAACACAAACUUGGAAAUUGUGCCAGUGGUCCAGCUGGAGCACAACGUUUGGUGAAUAUGCUGUUUCCUCAGUUGAGAGAGGUAGCAACUAGGUAAACUCCUUAUAAAAAGCAAAUACCUGGAUUUACAAAAGUGAAAGUAGUUGUUCACAAAAGAAUUCGCCAUGGAAUUCUUUCAGUUACCAAGCUCUCCUGGUAAUGUUUGUGGUUAUAUCAUUUACACAAAACUUUUCAGGAACUUCUGUGUUGUUUAAGCAAGAUGUAUCUGUACUGAUGUCUCAGUGAAUCAGUCUGUUUAUUAAGCACUUAUCAGGGCUUCCACACAGUUAUUUAUUUUGCCCUAGUUAAUCCUGUUGUUUGCUGCCAUUGGCAUGAAAUGGCCAACUGUGGCUGUUACAGUUCUUUCAUUCAAUUAUAACUUGUAAACCAGUGACUCCUAAUCUUUUCCAAGUUAAGACACCUUACCAUUGCUUAUUUGGUUUUAUGAGACUUGUUCCUUUUUUUCUCCCUAAGGAAAAAGAAAGCUUUAUGACAUAUUUAUUUUUUUAAUAAAACUAAGCAAAAAUAAAACUUAUGGUAAUUCUUUAAAA